AUGGCCUCCGAAGUCGCACAAGGUUUGAAUGAGCGUCCCGAAGACGUCCCUGACGUACUGGAAGCAGAAAAUGAUGCUGCAGAUAGUGAUUCUACUCUAGAGAGCGAGGAUGGGUCGUCGAGUUACCUCACAUCUCUCAAGUCUAGCAUUUUCAGCUACAGAUAUGAGCCCAACGACGAUGAAGAACAAAACCGAAUGGAUUUGGUUCAUCACAUCUACAGUCUCGUCAUGCAGGGGAAGCUUCAUACCGCACCUAUUAGUGACAACCCCCAACGCGUCCUUGAUCUGGGUACAGGCACUGGUAUCUGGGCCAUCGAUUUUGCUGACGACCACCCUUCUUCGGAAGUUAUUGGAACUGACCUCAGUCCUAUCCAACCUGAUUGGACUCCUACCAAUUGUGUCUUCGAAGUUGAUGAUUUUGAGGAUCCAUGGGUAUACAAGAGGCCUUUCGACUACAUCCACGCACGCGAGUUGGAAGGUUGCAUCGCCAAUGAGGAUCAGUUUUUCGAGCGCGCAUUCCAAAACCUCAGCAGUGGUGGAUACCUGGAAAUGCAAGGUCAGAGGGCAUACUUUAUGUCGGAUGAUGAGUCAAUCAAGAAAGCCGUAAAUGCCGAAGUCUGGGCCGUGGCCUUGCGAGAGAGCAGCAUCAAGUUCGGAAAGCCAAUUGACUGUGUAACAGGAUGGAAGGACAAGAUGGUUAAGGCGGGCUUCGUGGAUGUGCAUCAGGAGAUUCGCAAAAUUCCUAUUGGUGGCUGGCCCAAGGACCCGAUUCUCAAAGAGGUUGGAAAGUGUCAGGUUAUUCAGUCCUGUGCGGCUAUCGAUUCCUAUACACCUAUGCUCCUUGGGAAAUUCCUUGGCUGGGGUCAAGAUGAAGUGCAAGUUCUCAUAGCAAAAGCUAAGAAGGAGCUUCGGGAUCCAGCUAUCCAUAUUUACCUUCCCGUCUAUUUCAUUUGGGGAAGAAAACCUUAA